UAGGGUGUAGGGUGUAGGGAGUAGGGUGUAUGGAGUAGGGAGUAGGGUGUAGGGUGUAGGGCAUUGGCACCAUCACGAAACCGAGCCCCGGCACUGGUGAGUGAAGCGCCAUUAUUUAAGAUACGGUUUUGGAGGCGCCUGUAAAACACUUUCACUCCGGGAACCUGACAGCUGCCUUAUAUCUGACCUCUACUGCUGUAUUUUCUAUCUAACUGAUUUUAAAACAAAAGCGUCACCGCUGCCUGAGAAGAAUCUGUUCUACAAGCACAGGGUGUGAACAUGUGUGGGAGGACAGCUUGCACUCUUGGUCCAGAUGAGAUCAGGCGUGCCUGCAGUUACCGAAACCGGGCCGGUCGGCGCAGACGGCCAAAGUGGAAGGACGGUGAGGCAGACAAAUACCAGCCAUCGUACAACAAGAGUCCUCAGUCCUCCAGCCCAGUCCUGCUGUCCAGCAGACACUUUAAUAAGGAUGCUCCAGUGGAUGAGCGUGUCCUGGCGACGAUGCGGUGGGGUCUUGUGCCAGCGUGGUUCAGAGAGAGUGACCCCAACAAGAUGCACUACAGCACUUCCAACUGUCGCAGCGAGAGCAUGCUGGAGAAGAAGUCUUAUAAGGACCCUCUGCUAAAAGGCCAGCGUUGUGUCGUUCUAGCUGACGGCUUCUACGAGUGGAAGAAGCAGGAGAAAGGCAAGCAGCCCUUCUUCAUUUAUUUCCCCCAGAGACAGGGACCACCAGGGCUCACUCAGCGAGACAAGCAGGAGGAAGAGAGGAAGAUGCUGUAUCAACAGACUGAGGGUCAAAGAGUGGGAAAGGGCGUGAAAGAGGUCAGUGAGUGGAAAGGGUGGCGUCUGCUCACCAUGGCUGGUCUGUUUGACUGCUGGGCUCCACCUGGUGGUGGGGAGCUUCUGUACACGUACACUGUGAUCACUGUGAACGCCUCACCAAACCUGCAAAGCAUCCAUGACAGAAUGCCUGCUAUUCUGGAUGGAGAGGAGGAGGUGAGACAGUGGUUGGAUUUCGGAGAGGUGAGGUCACUGGAAGCUCUGAAAUUGCUUCAGUCUAAAUCUUGUCUGAUCUGUCACCCCGUCUCCUCGUUCGUCAACAACACCCGAAACAACUCGCCGGAGUGCCUGCAGCCCAUCGACCCCACAGCCAAGAAGGUUCCCCAGACAACAGCCAGCAGUAAGAUGAUGAUAAGCUGGCUGAAAACUGGCUCACCCAGUAAGAGGAAAGAACCUGAUACUGAUACCGAAGCUAAAGGAGGAAAAACUCCAGAGAAACUGAAGUCUAAGCCUGUUGGGCCGAUGCAGCAGUGGCUGCUGGGGAACAGUCCCAGCAAGAAGCCGAGACCUUAAAGCUCCCGUUCAGCUUCUGUCUUUUGGUCCUUCUAACUGCCUUAGAAGAGACCAGCUUCAUGCAUACAUCCUUGGGAUCGCAUAUGCAGCCAGCCCCUCUGCUUUAGCAUUGUCCUCUAAAAGAAAUGGCUAAAUUGGGUCAGUGUAAAAGAGUUUCUGCCCUCUCCAAGUAAAGAUUUAGCACUUAACAUCUUGGUAAACAAAAUGUUUUAACCUCUACAGUUCUUAAGACAUAUGUAGCCUUAGCUGUUCAAGCAGUAUCUGUUAUUACUUGGAUAUACUGCGCUAAGAAAGUGGGCGGUUCAUAAUUUCAGAAUUUUUCAGUCCAGAUGUAGCUUUAAUUGAAAUGACCCAAUGUCUACUAUACCUCUACAAGUACAUACUCAGUCUCCAGCAUCAGUUAACUUUGAUUAAAGGGGAAAUUCCACUGACUUUUAAAAAAUGUCUGCUUAACUAAAUGGUUAAAAAAGGUCUUUGAGUGGUUUGAUGUGAACCAACCAUCCGAAUUGUUCACAGCGGUGAUGGGAACCAGACUGAAGAGUUCAGUUCACUAAACAGGGCCCAGAUGUCUGAAGAAUUUAAUUCACUGAACAGAAAGUUAUCAAACGAAAUGGUUACGAAUAAGCUGCCUGACGCCAGAGACAUUUCGUUUUUAGAUAGAAUUUUAGCCUAAAAAGUACUUUUAAAAACACAUUCAGGAAGGAGAAGCAGAUGCAGGGCAUUAUAGGGCAGAUAGUCCACACACUGUUUGGGAUGCAUCACAAUUACAUGUCACUUUCUUCACGUCUCAACAGUUACGAUGAGUUAUGCUGAUAUUUUGCAAAAUUGGUGGAGUCCCCCUUUAAGUCUGGAACAUAUAGUGCAGGUAUUUUGUCAAGCCUUUACCACAAAAACAUUAGCUGUGAUAUUUAACAGAUUUUUUUUUUACAGUCCAUGAUAAACAUGAAUUCCUGAACAGUUGUUCCUGUUAGCAUUUAAUUACUAUUCAGUUGUUGCUGCUGUUAAAUUGUUAGCAAUUCUUAACGUUGCUCUGCAUAAAAUACAAUUCCUCCGCCACGUCUGUUCUCUUGGGGGGGAAAAAAAGGCACUGCACAAAAAAAAGA